CUUAAUAGCAUUUUCUUCUUUUCAUCUUCAAACUGAAGAUAAGAGCUUCUUCUUCCCCAAAACAACUCUGUCUCCAGUCCGCUCCUAAAACAACAGCGGCCGCACUGUUUCCGACCGACCACCAGCUCCACCGUCCGGCCGCCGGAGAUGAGUGUUCCGAAAGACGUAAGUUCCGGCCAGACCAGUCGGCCGGAUUUUGGUCCUCAGCCGAAGCCGAAAGCCAAAAGGAACAAAUUCGCUUUCCUCUGCGCAAUUUUGGCUUCCAUGUCCUCCGUCUUACUAGGUUACGACACCGGCGUAAUGAGCGGGGCGGCGAUUUUCAUCAAAGACGAUUUCAAGCUGACGGAUGUGCAGGUCGAAGUUCUUGUGGGAAUAAUCAACCUGUACUCGCUGAUCGGCGCCGCGGCGGCGGGAAGAACGUCGGACUUGAUUGGGCGGCGGUACACGAUGGUGUUGGCCGGAGCGAUCUUCUUCGUCGCCGCGAUACUGAUGGGAUUGGCGACGAACUACGGAUUCCUGAUGUUCGGAAGAUUCGUGGCCGGAAUCGGCGUCGGAUACGCUCUGAUGAUAGCUCCGGUGUACACGACGGAGGUUGCUCCGACUUCUUCUCGAGGAUUUCUCACCUCAUUUCCGGAGGUGUUCAUAAAUUUUGGAGUACUGCUUGGGUACGUUUCGAACUACGCAUUCUACAAGCUUCCGACUCGCCUGGGAUGGCGGUUCAUGCUCGGAAUCGGUGUCUUCCCGUCGGCGUUCCUCAUCCUCAUCGUCCUCGUUAUGCCGGAAUCUCCCCGGUGGCUCGUUCUGCAGGGCCGCCUCGCCGACGCCCACCGCGUCCUCCGCCGCACCUCCGACUCCCUCGACGACGCCCACCACCGCCUCGCCGACAUCAAGCAAGCCGCCGGAAUCCCACCGGACUACACCGACGACGUCGUCCUCCUCCCGAAACGCAGCCGCCGCGGCGCCGGCGUCUGGAAGGACCUGUUCCUCCGGCCGACGCCGCCCGUCCGCCACAUCCUCAUCUCCGCCAUCGGGAUCCACUUCUUCCAGCAGGCCUCCGGCAUCGACGCCGUCGUCCUCUACAGUCCGAGAAUCUUCGACCAGGCCGGAAUCACCUCCUCCGGCCAGAAGCUCCUCGCGACGAUGGCCGUCGGAUUCUCGAAGACUAGCUUCAUCCUCGUCGCCACGUUCCUCCUCGACAAGAUCGGGCGGCGGCCGUUGCUCCUGGCCAGCGUCUCCGGCAAGAUCGCGUCGCUGACGGCGCUAGGGUUCGGGCUUCUGAUCGUGAAUCGGACGGAGGGGAAAGCACGGUGGGCCGUCGGAUUGUGCAUCGCGGCGGUGCUGUCGGACGUAGGGUUUUUCUCGAUCGGAAUGGGGCCGAUUGCGUGGGUUUACAGUUCGGAGAUAUUUCCGUUGAAGCUACGCGCGCAAGGGGCGAGUGUGGGAGUGAUAGUGAACAGAAUGACGAGUGGGGUGGUCGGAAUGACGUUUAUAUCCCUCUACAAGGCCAUCACUAUCAGUGGGGCGUUCUUCCUUUUUGCGGGGAUCGCCGCCGUGUCGUGGCUGUUCUUUUACUUCGUGCUGCCGGAGACGCACGGCCGGAGCUUGGAGGAGAUCGAGGGGCUGUUUGGUAAUCUUCUCUGGAAGUUUUAUCCGAAGGAGAAGAAGGAGAGUGGGGAUGAUGCGGAGAAAGAUAAGGGUGAGAUUGAAUUAGGAUCCAACGGUGUGGCUUGAUCUUGAAGAUUGUGUUUGGGGCAAUUAUGUAAAAAGGGAGAAGUUUGGGGAGGGAAAUGGGAAAGGAAAAAUGGGAGUUAUGUUCAGAUUAGGGAAUUAUGGACCAAAAAUGUAAAAUUUAACCUCACAUUAGUAAAGAGAACUUCUAAUUAUUACAUAAAACUAGAAUUAUUAUAAGUUCAGCCACAUAUGGAGUAUGGAGGUUAGAAUUCAGUGAAAUGAUAUAUGUAUUAACUAAUUAAGUUAUGUUGAAGUUGAUUAUUAGAACU